UCUUCUGUUCCUUGCCUCGCUCAAAAACACACAGAAUAUAUUCUCUCUAUAUUAUACUUAUUUUAUUUUAUUUUCUUUGGUGGCUCUUUUUUUUUUUUUCCCCAAUUUCCUCUUCUUCUCCAGGCUAUUUCUUCUCUUAACUCUCUACUGUUUUGCGCUCCUUAGGAACUCUUUCUUUUUCUUAGCGGCUAUGGCUUUCAGAGGGGCAAAUGCUUCUUCUGGCAUGGGCGUUGCUGAGCACAGCAAAGCGACAUUUCUAGAACUGCAGAGAAAGAAGGUCCACCGUUAUGUUAUCUUUAAGAUUGAUGAGAAGAAAAAAGAGGUUGUGGUUGAGAAGACUGGAGGGCCAGCUGAGAGUUAUGAUGACUUUACUGCUUCCUUGCCUGAGAAUGAUUGCCGAUAUGCUGUCUACGACUUUGAUUUUGUGACUUCUGAGAACUGCCAGAAGAGCAAGAUCUUCUUCAUUGCAUGGUCUCCUGCUGUUUCUCGCAUUCGUGCAAAAAUGCUUUAUGCAACUUCGAAGGACAGGUUCAGAAGAGAACUGGAAGGCAUCCAUUAUGCAAUCCAGGCAACUGAUCCAACUGAGAUGGAUCUCGAGGUACUCAGAGACCGUGCACACUGAGCGCUCACUGUGGAUCUAAGUGUUCCAAAUCUUCAGGAGUUACACGUGCAACCUGGAGGAAAUUCGUAUAUUGCUAGUUACUUCAGUUAGUUGAUAAUUACGUGUCAUGUGUCUCAGGCACAAAUACAUAAAUCUUAAUUGUACUAAAUAAUUGACGUCUGAGAAGGCUGAUCGGGAGUUCUUGGGCAUGGACAAAUUUGAGCUCCUUAUUGCCAUGAUGCUUCUCAGUUGAUAAUUGGACAUGGUUUUGCAUAUUAAUUUUUAAUCUUCAAAGUACUGUUAUACUUUGA